AUGCUCACGUCCGCUGCAUUCGCAUUCUCCUCGGUUGUUGUCUCCGCGCUGGCAACACCAUUGGGCUCAACUCUCCUGGAAAAGCGCACUCCCCCGGCAUGCGCGUGGAAUAGCGUCACCAACGUCACAGAGAGCUUCACAUUACUCGCCGUGGGCCGUAAUGACCCACCUACCCUGACACCGCUGGCGUUGGGUGAACUGGACGCCUUCCAGCCUGGCAUCCGGAUCAUAGCAUCCGCCGCGUCUCUCAGCAAGAACUACGGAACGAACUUCACGAUGACAGACGGUGCGAUGUACUCCAUCCCCGUCGACGGUAGCGGUGGCGUUGCCCUUUCAAAUUACGUCCCCACAAGCAACACCCUGCUGGAAUUCACUGCUUCCGAUGAUUCUGCGACGGGUGAUGCCAUCCCGGCGUACUGCGAACUCUUCAAUACUAGCCCCCACGGCGUCACUUACCCCUACACCCUUGCCGUCAACGCCGAUCUCGAUGACUUCGCCCUUUGUACGGCCCCGAACAACGGGAAGCCUGUUGAUGUCAUCGUCUUCGCACCCGACUCCGGCGUGACGGAUCCGUACGACGCAAGUUCCUGCGUACCAGUUUCCGUCCAGGUUCUUCAUGACUGCUGCUGA